ACACACACACACACACACACACACACACACACACACACACACACACCAACCCUAAACAACACAUCAUUGACCUAAACCCUCGAACAGCCCUUUGACAAUUGUCCACACUCAAUUAGGUCUAUAUACUCAAAAUGGUCCUCACAAAGAAAUAAGUACAAGUACCCACACACACAAACACACACAAACACGACCCGCAUGCACACACAAUAGUGUGCCCCAACUAGAGGUGAUGCUGACAUUGCUCUUUGCCACAAGUGCAACAAGCCUUUGUAUGUAAGGGUCGAAACGUCGAGCGACAGACAGUCCAUCACAUAAGGGUGAGAAAGUCCCAGUUUCCCUUCUGCCUUCAGCUCGUACUUCAUCUGUCGUUGGUGUGUUAGUCUGCAGCAAACAGCCUGGGAAAACCAUUAGCCACCUGGCUGCUAUGGCUGUGUCCACAAAUUAAAUCUGACCAGAGUAUUAUCUGAACUAAAGGUUCAGAAAUUCAGAUUAAAAGUUUUUGAUCACUCAGAAACUUAGCUUUAACUUUCAAAGGCUAGCAUUUAGUUUGCAUGAUCAAACCUGUCUUUAUUGAAGGGUUUUCGCUCACAUAUGCCAUUCAUUAGUUCUGUUGGUCUGACUGAAGAGCAGACUCUCGGCAAAAAAACAAACUAGAGUCCCUGACUUAUUUACGAUUCACCUCCAAAUCCUGACUAACCAAUUCAUCGAUAUUGACAUAGAUGAAUUACCCCAAAUAUACACUGAACAAAAUUAUAAACGCAACACUUUUGUUUUUGCCCCCAUUUUUCAUGGGCUGAACUCAAAGGUCUAAGACUUUUUCUAUUUACACACAAGGCUUAUUUCUCUCAAAUAUUGUUCACAAAUCGGUCUAAACGUGUGUUAGUGAGCACCAGCACUGAACUAACUUCUGGUAUCACUGAACAGUCCGCAGGCCACAGCGCUCUUUUGUCUUCUGUGGUUCAUUCAAGUCAAUUAUUACACACAAGGUACACAAGUCCAGUGAGUGUCCGGUCAGAUUUUAGCUACACUACCUGACUGCUGAGUAAGAGGGCACAUAUCAGGCUUCCAGUGAAAUCCAAAGGCUUUAUAUCCCAUUGAAAACCUUUACAGGUAGGCUGCAUGAGUCCUGUAUCAGAAGUAUGAGAGACGGUUUGAUUUUGUGAAAUGUGUAAUAUGAUCUAUCUCAAGCUAAGCAAUGUUUUGGUUGGUAUAAACAAAAUCACUAGGCAAAGGUUUGUCCACUUCCUUUUCAGCUUUGAGCAGUUUUCUUAUGGCCAAGAAAUUUAGCUUCAUUCCACUCAUGUACGUUUUACUUAACUUUUUGUUUUGUUAAUCUUCUCACUGCUUACUUUUUUCAGUGCCUUUGAAAGAAGGUGGCAUUGCCAACUUGAUAUUCACUUUUCAACAGUACACCAUUCAAGUAUACUGUAUAUGUGUUCUUUUAAAAAAUAAUUAUUGAAGUGCUAUACACUGACGUUUUUAAUCCCUCAGGCAGUUUAUGCUCAGAGCCAGUGAACUGUCCAUGGCACGUGUUCUUUCCCUGUUUCGGCCUCAGCCUCUUCUGGCCCUCGUGGGUAGGAGGAAACCUACGUUGUGCAAAAUGUCAAUGGACUCACGGGCACGCAAAGUGUUCGCAGCUGCAGUGGAGGCUGUGCAGCCAGACACUGUGGUCCGGCAGAGUAUAGAGCGGAAGGAUGACUCAGUCAUUAUCAAUGGUCAAAAAUUCCCACUCAAACACAACCUUCACUUGGUGGGCUUUGGAAAAGCUGUACUGGGCAUGGCUGUCGAGGCAGAGAGGAUUAUGGGGGAUCACUUGGUGAGAGGAGUCAUAAGUGUGCCGCAUGGGAUUCAGCAGACAUUAAAGCAACAUGGGAAAGGCCACCUGUUAUUAAAAGAAAACAGUCGCAUCCGAGUGAUGGAGGGAGCCAAGCACAACCUGCCGGACACCGAUGCACAGAGAGCAGCUGAACAGAUCAAGCAGUUAGCCAGUGAACUGACGGAGAAAGACGUGUUACUUGUACUGAUUUCAGGCGGAGGCUCUGCGCUGUUACCAGCACCAAUCCCACCAAUCUUGUUGCAAGAGAAACUGGAUGUUACCCGCAAACUUGCAGCUGCUGGUGCCACUAUUCAAGAGCUGAACACUGUGCGUCGGGCCCUCUCUUUCUUAAAGGGUGGAGGACUUGCACAUUAUGCUCAUCCUGCACAAGUGGUUGCACUGAUACUGUCUGAUGUUAUUGGAGAUCCUCUGGACUUGAUAGCAAGUGGUCCCACAGUCCGGAGUGAAGUUUGGCCUGAGGAAGUUUUGUCAGUCCUUGAACGGUUCAAGCUGUUGAACUCUAUACCAGCAUCAGUAAAGGAUGUCCUUGGAAGACCAAACUCCCAGCGGAUGGAUAAUAAGGAAAAGACAGACAAGGCAGAAAAUGUUCUCAACGCUGUGAUUGGCUCCAACAGCAUUGCCCUCAAGUGUGCAGGACGCCGUGCCCGAGAGCUGGGUUUCCGCCCCGUUGUUCUUUCACCAGGAGUGUGUGGUGAUGUAAAGUCAGUUUCCAGACUUUACGGUCUCCUGGCCCGCUUUGCAUGUUCUCGAGAGGAACCUCCUCCUGAGAUUGCUGCUGAGGUGCUGAGGCUAGGGCCUGAAGUAGGCGUGGCGAGCUGGGACCUGUGCCGCACCAUGCAGGUUUUGGAUGAAGGGCGUACAGAAGGAUGGGGCGCCACGUGUCUGUUAGCUGGAGGUGAGCCCACUGUAGAGUUGACAGGAAAGGGUCGAGGUGGUCGAAACCAGGAGCUGGCUCUGCGAGUUGGACUGGAGCUGAAAGGCCUGCAGCUCCCGCCUAAUGGUCCCGUGUUUCUGAGUGGUGGAACUGAUGGCCAGGAUGGACCCACUGACGCAGCAGGGGCCAUUACUGAUGGGGGGUUGUAUGAAGAAGCACAAGCACAGGGGCUGGACAUCAACAACUUCCUUACCAACAAUGAUUCUUAUACGUUUUUUUCACAUCUUUCUGCAGGGCAACAUUUACUUGUACCCGGCCUAACUUGCACCAAUGUGAUGGAUGUACACAUGCUACUUAUUCCAGCAAUUCCCAUUAACGUAGAAUAAUUUCAAAUCUUGUGUGUGAGGGAGAGAUACAACUCUGGUUGGACAUUGACUUGGCCGGUCAAAGACAUUGUUUUUCUAAGCUUAUCAUGUGUAGUUUUAACUUUGUUUUAGGACUCUUGUCUGUAUCCUCCCAAAUCCCAGUUUUCCCACAGACUGCAGCAUGUUAUCCUCCUUGAGUUCUCAGUUUAUUUCUGUUUUCACCUUUCCCCAGUGACAAUAAAGCUACAGCUAGUAUCUCUCUUCUCAAUAAACUUAGUGACAGAAACACUGAUGACCUAGUUAAUAUUCCGGUAUCUUUCCCUUAAUCACAGAUUUGUAACAAUCUUCCUUUGUCUUCAUGAUAGUUUUUGUCAAGAAAUUGACCAAGCAGCUGUUUGUCCUUUCAGAUAAAAUGAAUCACAUCAUGAACAUGCAUAUUGAUGAUUUCCAUUCAAAUCUUUAGAUGUCAUAGAUGACAUGAAUAUGUAGUUAAAAUUUGUAUGUAUUUUUAAAUCAGUAAAAAAUUGUUUUCACUUCAA